AUGACAACAUCCGACCAUCGUCAUUCAAAUCACCAUAAAGAAUUAAAUAACGUUCCUCAUGCUAAUGAUAAUAAUAAUUCAAGAGAUGCUCAAAUAGAUUCUGAAUUAGUUGAAUUAGAAACAGCUUUAAAUGAUAUUGAAAAAGCCAUGGAUAAAAUAGAAUCACAAAAUUCACAUAUUCAAACAAAAUUACGUGAUCUAUUUGAAUCAAAUAGACAAAUGGCAAAAGAAUUUACUGAUAUACGUCGUGGUAUGACAAAUAAAUUUAAAGAUGUAACACGUGAUUUAGAACAAACAUCAGGUACAGCACAUGAUUUAGCUGCUGUUACAUCAAACACAUUAAAUAAAAUUGAACAAGAAAUGUCAUCAACAAAUGAAAAUAAAAAUUUUAAAUAA